UUGAUUUGCCAAACCACUGAAGGUUUUACAUUUUUAAAAAAGAACUGUUCAUGAUAUCCUUCUAUUCUUAUUCAAGUUUUUCCUGGUUUGGUAACAGAAUCUAUUGCAAGAAAGGAACGGGGAAGAGAAGCUACAUGGCAAUGGCAAUAUAUCUAUACAUGACUUUCCAGACGGGUAUGUAGGUGGCGGAGAAAGAAGGAUCCGAUGCCUUUUCUUACGCAAAGAAAUUCAUUUUGGCCUCCCCUGUUUCUCCAUUCAGUUGGGUGAAUGUAAGACAUGAGAGAAGAAGAGGGGUUCUGGGUGAAAGAGGCCUGACAUCAUGCCUGCUCUCAAACAUAAUUUCACCGAAAGGAAGCAGUCCACUGCAUUUCUCGUUCUAUAAGCGAAAAAGGGAAGAGCGGGUCCAGAUAACACAGUUAAUCAGUUAUGCAGCAAGCAGGAGCAGACUGCAGAAAAGGCACAUUUCCAAAACACAAAUAGAAAAAGCCUAGGUUGCUUUGGAAAGACAAAAGAGAAAAAUCCUACAGAACUAGCCCUUGCAAAGAAGCUACUGCAUUUUCAUUUGCUAAGCAGACUCCUAGCUCCACGGCUCCCUUGCCUGGCAGGAGAAGGAAAUAGCCAGACUAGGUAUUCUGCAGGUCUGAAGAAAUCCAAAAUGCGCUGUUUGGAAAAAGCAGGACUCAACAUGCCUCUUCUGCUGCUGCUGCUUUGCUCCCUCUCUCUUCUACAAGGCCUGCCUCUCUGGGAAAAUGAGGAGGCCACCCCCUCCCCGCUGUUGGAGGCCCUCUCAUCAGAGGCCAUGGAAGGACCCAAGGAGGAAGAAAUGGAAGUCUCGGCGGAGGUGCGGGGGUCUUCACCCCCCAGUCCCGAAGGCCUCUCUGAAUUGCUGCAGGGGACACUGCUGAGAAAGGAGUUUCCUGGGGGCGAGGUGAUGGAAGAGCCAAUUCCUGGAGGACAGUCUUCCACUCUUCCCCCAUUCCAUCCGCCCAUCCAGCGUCUAGAUGGUGGGACGGUCCUUGAGACCUCCGAAGCCACAGCCACUGGCCCCUCCCCGUUGACCACCGCUGCCCCUCCCACUGGCUUCCUACUCACCACCCCUCCAGCUUCAACGGCGGCUGCUCCACCCCGGUUGCCCCCUCCACCAGACGAGGUCGGUUCUGCCAACCACCCUAUCUCGGCCACCACUACCGCCUUCAUCCCCGAAGGUGACGAAGAGACGACGACCACCCUGAUUACUACGACGACUAUCACAACCGUUCACACGCCUGUGCUUUGCAAUAACAACAUUACCGACAUAGAAGGCUACGUUGAAUCCCCCGAUUACGCUGGCACUACCUUUUACGGAGGCUUGGAUUGCACUUACACAAUUUCAGUGUAUAUGGGCUACGGGAUAGAAGUACAGGUGCAGACUCUGAACUUGUCCAAGGAGGAUUCACUGACAGUGGAAGGUCUGGGUGGGGAGAAGCCUGUUGUCUUGGCCAAUGAGUCAUUGAUGGUUGAGGGGCAAGUGAUCCGUAGCCCAACCAAUCAGGUCCUGAUUCAUUUCCAGAGCUACCACACCACCACCCCUGGUGUCUUCAGAUUCCACUACCAAGCUUUCCUGCUCAGCUGUGGCUUCCCCAGUAGGCCAGAAAAUGGGGAUGUCAUGGUAACUGAUCUCCAUCCGGGGGGCUCUGCCACUUUCAAAUGUGAGUCAGGCUUCCAGUUGAGAGGUGAAGAGAUACUCAUUUGCCUCAAUGUCAGCAGCCCUCGGUGGAGUGGCACCAGCCCUGCGUGUGUGGCUUCUUGUGGAGGAACAGUUCACAAUGCCACUCGUGGACGCAUUGUGGCUCCGGAGGCCCCAGGAGGACCACGUGGUCGGAACCUGACCUGCCGUUGGUUGGUAGAAGCACCUGAAGGCCAGAGACUCCAUCUACACUUUGAAAGAGUGGCACUGGAUGAGGAUAAUGACAAGCUGAUGAUCCGCAGUGGGAGUAGCACUUUCUCCCCUAUCAUUUAUGAUUCUGACAUGGAUGAUGUCCCAGAACGGGGAUUGCUAAGUGAUGCUCAGUCUCUCAUUGUUGAAUUGAUCAGCGAGGGACCUGCUACACCCCUCAUCCUUAGCCUGCGCUACGAAGCUUUUGAUGAAGAUCGAUGUUAUGAACCAUUCCUGGCCCAUGGAAAUUUCAGCACAUCAGACCCUCUGUAUCGUACAGGGACCAUUGUAGAGUUUGCUUGCAGUGCAGGAUACAUGCUUGAGCAGGGUCCUUCGGCCAUUGAAUGCAUUGACUCAAGAGACCCCCGCUGGAACGAAAGCGAGCCCACCUGCAAAGCAUUGUGUGGUGGGGAGCUCUCUGAGCCAACAGGUGUUGUUCUUUCUCCUGACUGGCCUCAGUCUUAUGGAAAAGGUCAAGACUGCGUAUGGGGCAUCCGGGUGCAGGAGGAGAAGAGGGUGCUGCUAGACAUUGAGAUCCUCAACAUCCGCAAAUCUGAUGUGUUGACUGUUUUUGACGGAGGAGACUUAACUGCCCGGAUCCUCGGCCAGUACCUGGGCCCCCAUCCUCGGUUCAACAUUUACUCUUCAGGCCCAGCAGUGACUCUGCAGUUCCAGUCAGACCCUGGUGACCCCCUUUUCGGUCUCAGCCAGGGGUUCCUGGUGCGCUAUAAGGAGGUUCCACAAAAUGACACUUGCCCGGAGCUGCCAGAGGUGGAGUUUGGUUGGCGCACAGCUUCUCAUACCGCUGUUAUCCGUGGCACAGUCGUAACCUACCAAUGUGAGCCAGGCUAUGAUAUUGUGGGUUCCGACAUUCUCACCUGCCAGUGGGAUCUAUCAUGGAGCAACAGCCCACCUACUUGUCAGAAGAUUAUAAAUUGUGCUGAUCCUGGAGAGAUUAGCAACGGCAAACGGAGUGUCUCAGACCGACAUUUCUCCAUCGGCUCUCACGUCCAGUACUUCUGUCAUGAAGGCUACGUAGUGGAAGGGAGCAAUUCACUCACCUGCUACAACCGAGAUACAGGCACCCCUAAAUGGAGCGACCGAGUACCCAAGUGUGUCUUGAAAUACGAGCCUUGCCUGAACCCCGGUGUUCCAGAGAAUGGGUACCAAACUCUUUACAAGCAUCACUACCAAGCAGGAGAGUCCCUGCGCUUCUUCUGCUAUGAGGGCUUUGAGCUUAUAGGGGAAGUGACAAUCACCUGCAUACCAGGACAUCCAUCUCAAUGGACCAGCCAGCCACCCCUCUGCAAAGUGGCCUAUGAGGAGUUAUUGGAUGACCGGAAACUGGAAGUCACCCAGACCACAGAUCCUUCCCACCAGAUGGAAGGUGGCAACAUUGCCUUGGCAAUCUUCCUCCCCAUCAUUCUCGUCAUCCUGCUGAUUGGAGGCAUCUACAUCUACUACACUAAAUUCCAAGGAAAAACUCUCUUUGGCUUCUCCUUUUCCAGCUCUCACAGCUACAGCCCCAUCACUGUAGAAUCUGAUUUCAACAACCCUCUCUACGAGGCUGGGGACACCAGAGAAUACGAAGUUUCCAUUUAGAAGACGUUAAGAGGAUCUGCCAUUCUUCUCCCAAACCCAACUAGGUCUGAAGAUCAGCGACUGAGAAUGAUUCCUGAUUUGGAGGGAAUAGCGGAAGGUGGUUUUUGGGAGGGGGCUAAGGGAAAAUGGAGGGGAGAGAAGGAGUUUAUCCUUUCUACCCCACAAAUUCAGCUUUAUCUCUUCUCCAUGUUGCUGCCUGACUGUCCACUCUCAGCUUUGGACCACUCCCUUCUCCCAUGUAAAUACCCUCUUCAAUGUGCCAAAUGUGUUUCUCACACACACACUCACAGAGUUGUUAUUAUUAUUAUUAUUAUUAUUAUUAUUAUUAUUAUUAUUAUUAUUAUUAUUCUGCUUUAUCUGUUUGUUUUAUUUCUCUAUUUAUUUAUUACGUUACACUUUUCCUCUUUCUCCAUUUUAACAAUCAUUCCCUUAGUGGUUGAAAAAGGAGGAGGGGGUGACCUCAUCCCUUCUUCCAUACUUUAUCCCCCACUCCGUUUUUAAGGAAGUGGGCCUGAGUUCUAAAUGGUGCUGCCAUUGAAAAUUUAAAAAAUAAAUAAAUAAAUAAAUAAAAUAUCUCUGUAAACAAGGCUGUGCAGUAAGAUGACUAAAACCCAAUAUAUGUGGCUUUCCACUAGGUGAUAUAUUUAAUCCUGAAAUCAGUGGCAAAAAGAUGCGGGCAACAGAAAAAGCCAAAUGUUGAGAGGCAUUAGAAAAGAUAUUGAUUCUUAAUUCUUAACAUGGAAGCAAGUCUCAAAUUGUUCAGGAGAAUUUACCUUCAUAAAAUCGGGAGUACAUAAGAUAAUCAUGGAAAUAUAAGCAGUGUCCUAAAACCAUUGACUUUAGAUUAUACACCAUCGGAGUUUUGCAAGAUCUGUGUGCUGCAACAUGCCCAAUCAGAAACCAACCAGGCUUCAAUUUUAACAGAUUUGUGGGGAUGCAAUAGACAUACUUUCUCUAUAUUACAGGACACCAAUGCCUCCAGAAAUAGAUUGUCAGGUGUUAUAGCCUGGGGCUGUUGAAAUAACCUACAAUGACAAAACAAUGUAAUCGUUCCACCAGAUUUAGCUGUAUUUUCCUUUCUCGUACCAUUAAUUUCUUCGGCUUACUCCUUCUUACUCCCGUUCUAUGCUUUGCCUAAUAUUACUUACCCCAAAAUGGAAGAGUGUGAUGGGCAUGUAUGUAUGUACAUAUGUUUGUACAACCCCAGGAAUAGGGUUGACACCCAGAUAAGCACACAUAGGAGUGCUGCCUAUAAUGGGUUUCUACUUAUAUUUUGGUUAUUCUUCCUCUAAUCUUCUAAUAUUUCUCCCACCUCUCUGAAAGCAACAAGAAUAACAAAAUAAAAUAAAAUAAAACCAACAUAAUGCACAUCUUGAAAAGAGAGGCUUGCUAGAACUUCAGUAAGCAAACUUGGUCUGUUUGUUAGAUUGGAAGACAUAACCACCCAUAAUCAAUAAAUUCAUUAUUAUUUGUUUGCUAGGCAGUUUAUCCUUUCCUUUCCUCUUGGAGCAGCUUCCAUAGCACUCCCUCCUCCUAUUUUUCCCUAGAAAAAUGCUGUGGUUGGAUUAGGAUAAAAAUGAGGGAAGGGGACUUUGGUCUAAAGUCAUCCAGUCAACUUCCAUAACUGCAAGUGGACUUGAAUCUGAUCUCCAUGAUCCUUGCCAAAUCCUUUUACCAUUAGAACACAUUGGCCUUUUGUUUAACAUAUUUUUAGCAGUACAGAAUGGCUGUGGGGAAUCACUUUAGUUUUACAUUUGAGAUACAAAUGUAAUAAGGGUUGUCCCUAGUUCCACACCAAGCUAGAAGGCAUCCUAAAAUAAAUACUAUGUCUGUUCAACCAUUGUGAUUGCUAAAAAUUAAUUUUAAUAUCCCCAAAUCUUUGGGGGAAUCAUUGAUAAACCUUUUGAUCUGAGUUCCUCUGGAGCUAUUUCCCAUGAAAUUCAUAUGGCUGUUUAGAUUUGGAGUAAAACCUUUUAAUAAUAAAACACUUCUCCCUAAUGAUUAGGAUCCAUAUAACUUUUAAAAGAUUAAAGUGCAUCUGAUAAUUUUAUGUUGCUUUCAAAGUUAACAAAUCACUGAGCAUUACUAAUUUUACAUAUGCUUAGAAGGACAAUAUUUAUUAUUUUUGAAUUGUACUUUACAGUUCUUUUUUUUUUUUUUUUAAAAGACUACAUCUUCCCCAUUUGUCUAAUGUACUGACCCAAAUAAUAAAAUAGCUGGAGGUUUUGCAGCCUCUGAUUCAUUACAGUAUCCUCUGAAUGAUAAAAAAAGAGAGUAAUGUAAUUAUGUCGGGAAAAGAUCGAUUUUCCUACUUCGCAGUAUCUUAACAAGAAAAUAAUAUGCCCACCUGGUAUUAGACAAUUGCUUUAAGGAUUAAAUGUUAUUUCAGGAUAUAAAUGGUUUAUUGACAGCCUCUCUUGAUUUACCACCACAGAAAGCCACUGGCUGCCUUGUAUCUUCUUCAGGAUGUUGACGUUUUGUGUGGCUCUUUCUCGUACUCUUAAGUAUGACAACAGGAAAGAGCCUUAGUGCCAAAAUGUAUGAAAGUACACUUUUAAAGCUGUUCAAGAGACCUCAUCUCUUCAAGAGACCCUCUUUUAGGACAUGAGAGCAUCUGAAUGGAAUCGCAGUACUCAUCUCCCACACCGUCUACAGGAGAUGAGAAUAUUGUACCUAAAGCCCCUCACUUACUGCCAGUACAGAGCAGGAUAUAAAAAUAAUAUUUCCCAACCCUUCUCUUUUCCCAAAUAGUGAAACUGACUUAUUAUAUCAACCCUUCCCUGGUGGCCAGUCUUGUAUUUUGGAAGAAGGUGAAAAGUAUUAUUUACUCCAAUUUUUGUAGAUAACUUAUCCUUCCUCUUUGUAGGUCUUUUAUCAUGCUAGGAGGACAGUCCUGACAUAUCCCCACAAAUGACAGUCCAGUUUCUGGGGAAUGCUCUCCUUUGCAUCCUUACCAUUUACAAUUCUAUUUUAUUUUUAUUCUUUUGGGCCUUUGGUUAGCCCCUCCCCCCCGCUCCUUCUCAUUUGCUUUUAUUUUGGAGCAAUAAAUAAAGCGCACCAUUUGUAAAA